AUGAGCGCAGCGUUCAGCUCGUCCUUCAUGGUGAUGCAGCGGCCACUCGGAAGCACCACCGCCUUCAGCAUCGACUCUCUGAUCGGGGGGCCCCCGCAGCCCAGCCCGGGACACUUCGUGUACACCGGCUACCCGAUGUUCAUGCCGUACCGGUCGGUGGUGCUGCAGCCGCCGCCCCCGCCUCCCCCGGCCCUGCAGCAGGCUCUCCCCGCCGGACACCACCCGCAGAUCCCCGGGCUGCAGGGCGGCUUCUGCUCCAGCCUGGCGCAGGGCCUGACGCAGGGCAUGGCGCUCACCUCCACGCUCAUGGCGGCGCUGCCCGGAGGAUUCUCCCCGUCCCAGCAGCACCAGGAGGCGGCCCGUAAGUUCGGCUCCCAGGCGCUUCACGCGGUCUUCGACAAGGAGCUGCGGCUGGAGGCGGAGGACGGGAAGGGCUUCCUGCAGAAGGAGUCGCUGCACGGCUUCCACGACGCGGAGCCGGUGCAGACAUCCACAGGUAGGCGGCUCCCUGCUCCCCGCAGAGGACUCAGCAAAGACGACUCGAAGGACGAGGACAGCGGGCGGAAGGACGAGAGCUUCUCCAUGGACAGUGACUUGGACUACAGCUCCGACGACAACGUCCCCUCGCUGUCCCACAAGGAGGACGGGGACGGGGCCGGGGGACUCGAGGACAACCCGCACCUGCACGGCUCCGGCGGCUCCGGGGCGGGCGGCGGCAGCGGGGGGAAGAACCGGCGGCGGCGGACCGCGUUCACCAGCGAGCAGCUGCUGGAGCUGGAGAAGGAGUUCCACUGCAAGAAGUACCUGUCGCUCACCGAGCGCUCGCAGAUCGCGCACGCGCUCAAGCUGAGCGAGGUGCAGGUGAAGAUCUGGUUCCAGAACCGACGCGCCAAGUGGAAACGGGUCAAGGCCGGAAACGUGAACAACAAGUCCGGGGAGCCGUCCCGGAACCCGAAGAUCGUGGUGCCGAUCCCCGUGCACGUGAGCCGCUUCGCCAUCAGGAGUCAGCACCAGCAGAUGGAGCAGAACCGACCGUAG